GUGAUGCAAAUUCUGGGCUUCUACCCUCCACAAAAGUACAAAAUUUUAUACAAAACUUAUGCUUAUGUGGUUUAUUGUGCAUUUACAAUUCUGAUACCGGUGUUGGCAGCCUUAAACCUACUUUUGGGCGAAGAUGUUGACUUGGAGCAAAUCUCUGACAAUGCGUUCCUCGUGUGUCAAACUGGAUGCUUCAUUAUAAAAUUUUUACCAUUUGUUAACAACGUGGCAAAAAUUAGGAAUAGUUUGUUCAUGAUUGAAUGUCCCUUAUUUCACAUUUACACGAAAAGUCAGGAAUAUAUCAUUGACGAAUGCGUGGCCACUUGUAGAAGAAACUGUCGCCUGUUUUUAACUUUCUGCAUCAUCACGUUAAUUAACUGGUCCAUAAGUCCGUUCUUUCUCCCGGGGAAUGCUCUACCAGUUGAGAUUUGGUCACCGUUUGAACAUAAGGCAAGCCGGAAGUUUUAUUUUUGGAGUUUUGUGUAUGUGGUGGCAGGUGUUGGAAAUGGCGCAAUUUCAAGUGGGGUGAUUGAUCCUCUACUGGCUGGGCUUAUAUCACAUGCGACUAGUCAGUUGAAAUUAUUGAAAAAUAAUCUACAGUUUCUGGACGAACAUGCGGAAGAGAAAAUCGCAAGUUUGAAUAUUUCUUUCACUGAAAGGGGAACAGUCAAAGCUGAUUUUAUUUACCAACAAAUAAAGUUGUGUGUGAAUCACCACAUUGCAAUAACGGAGUUUGUUAAUGUUUAUGAGAAUACAUAUUCGUCAGUAGCAUUUAUCCAGUUUGCUGCCAGCGUUGUUGUUAUUUGUAUUUCUUGUCUACGUUUAAGCAUGAAAAAAAAACCAUUGAGGAAUUUUCAGGAACACCAAGAAAUGAAAGGUUUAGUAGAAAAAUCCUUUCGAGUUAACUUGCUUGUGAUGCAAGUUAUGGGUUUCUACCCUCCACAAAAGUACAAAAGUUUGUACAAGAUCUACACUUAUGUUGUUUAUUGUGCAUUUACUACACUCAUACCGGUUCUGGCAACCCUGGAACUAUUUUUGGCUGAAAAUAUUAACCUGGAGCAAAUAUCUGACAAUGCCUUUAUUGUGUGUGAAGCUGGAUGCUUCAUUAUAAAGUAUCUUCCAUUUGUUAGAAACGCGGACAAAAUUAAGAAAAGUUUAUUUUUAAUUGAACGCCCCAUGUUUCACAUUUACACGAAGCGUCAGGAACAUAUCAUAGAAGAAUGCGUGGCGAUUUGUAGACGAAACUGUCGCCUGUUUUUAACUUUCUGCACCAUCACUGUGAUUAACUGGUCUAUUACUCCGUUUUUUCUUCCGGGGAAUAACCUACCAGUUGAGAUUUGGUCACCGUUUGAGCACAAAGCAAGUCGGAAGUUUUAUUUUUUGAGUUUUGUGUAUAUAGUGGCAGGUGUUGGAAAUGCGGCUGUUUCAAGUGGUGUAAUUGAUCCUUUACUCGCUGGGCUUAUAUCACAUGCCACUAGCCAGUUGAAAGUGUUGAAAAAUAAUCUACAGUUUCUAGACGAACAUGCGGAAGAGAGAAUUGCAAGCCGGAAUAUUUCUUUCAUUGAAAGGAAAAGAUUCAAAGCUGAUUUUAUUUACCAACAGAUUAAGUUGUGUGUGAAUCACCACAUUGCAAUAACGGAGUUUAUUGAUGUAUAUGAGGAUACAUAUUCGUCGUCAGUUUUUAUUCAAUUUGCUGCUAGUGUUGUUGUUAUUUGUAUUUCUUGUCUACGUUUAAGCAUGGUUGAACCAUUCACUUUCACAUUUUUUGUAAUGGCUUUAUUUCUUUGGACAAUGCUUUGCGAAAUUUUUUUGUACUGUUAUUAUGGAACAAUUCUGUACGAGGAGAAUCAUUCACUAACAAAUGCAAUUUACAUGGGAAAGUGGUACAACUAUGAUAUAAAAUCAAUGAAAGCUCUAGUCAUUUUAAUGGAGCGCUCAAAAAGACCCAUGAUUGUCACUGCUGGAAAAAUAUUAGAUUUGUCUUUGGAAACAUUCACUACGAUUUUGCGAAGGGCAUAUUCCUUAUUGUUGGUGCUAAAAAAUUAUGAAAGCACACCUACAGAGUGAGUCUAUUAAAAGAAUGUUUUCUA